GGAAAUAUUUGCGUGGUGGCGGACUGCCUGUACUGACACUACUCACAGAGAGAGAGAGAGACAUUUCACAUGGAUAGCAGCACGAACAUUACAUUCAAUCGCGAAACUGUUGGGCUAUGAAAUACUGGUGUCAUAUAUGAGACCUGCCUGAAAGAGUGAGAGAUGAAGAUUGGUGCUAUUUCAAUGCUGAGCCCGGUCAAAGAUGUCUUACCAUGGAAAGAGUUCUCCCACAAAGCCCGUCUGAGCCCCACAGAGCCCCACGACACAGUUGGUUGGCUGUCCACUCUGCCUGCCCUUCACAGUCAUCAUCCACCCUGUCCCAUCUGUGAGAGAAUGCACCCUAGUGCUACCCACUGCUCUGCCCCGGAGGAGAACGGCAAGAGCUUCACGGAACCUGGAGAGGCUCAGCUGGACUUCUACCUUAAACUGGGCUACUCCCCAGCGCAGGUCUGGACCGUGUUGCAGAAGUUUGGCCUGAACACAGACACUAACAGGGUUCUGGGGGAGCUGGUGCGGACGGGAGCCAGUCUAGAAGGAAUUGAGAAGGAGCGGGAGAAGGAGGGAGCCCCGUCUAUCCUGGUGUCCCGAGGGGAGACCUUCAGUAACCUGCCCCUCACCCCUCCACCCAGCCGGAGCGAUGUACCCAGUGAGGAGGGAGAUGCCCUGAGACCCAUAGUGAUCGAUGGGAGCAACGUGGCUAUGAGCCACGGGAACAAGGAAAUGUUUUCCUGCCUGGGAAUCCAGCUGGCAGUAAACUUCUUCCUGGACAGAGGUCAUACGGACAUCACUGUGUUUGUUCCCUCGUGGAGGAAAGAGCAGCCUAGACCAGAUGUCCUCAUCACAGAUCAACACAUUUUGCGUGAGCUGGAGAGGAAGAAGAUCGUGGUGUUCACCCCUUCGCGGCGUGUAGCGGGCAAACGUGUGGUCUGCUAUGACGAUCGCUUCAUCGUCAAGCUGGCGCAUGAGACCGCCGGCAUCAUCGUUUCCAACGACACCUACCGUGACCUUCAGGGCGAGAGACAGGACUGGAAGCGCUUCAUUGAGGAGAGGCUACUCAUGUACUCCUUCGUCAAUGACAAGUUCAUGCCCCCUGAUGACCCUCUGGGUCGUCAUGGUCCCACCCUGGAGAACUUUCUACGGAAGGUUCCUCGUUUGCCACGGAAACAGCCGUGCCCUUAUGGAAGGAAAUGCACUUAUGGGAUGAAGUGUAAAUUCUACCACCCGGAACGAGCCAACCAAUCCCGUUGCUCUCUGGCUGACGAGCUGCGGAAGAAGGCCAAGCUAUCUUUAUCAGAACAAAAACACCCCACUGCAGAUGCUGGACCUGCCUAUGGCCUUUCUCUGGAGGAGGGGAUGGCUCAGAAACUGCCUCUAGGUCAGAGGAAUGGCUCCCUGAAGAAAGGCCACAUCAGUGAGAAUGUGCUUCUGAUCAAGGGAAGCCAUCGUUCCAGCCAGAGGUCCCCAACUAAGAAGGACAAGACCAACCGACACUUGCCCAGUGGCUCUCAAUCCCCGACAGACCUGGACUCGGCCAUGCCCAGUGGCUCUCAAUCCCCGACAGACCUGGACUCGGCCCUGCCCAGUGGCUCUCAGGAGCGACUAGAUUCUGGUCUUGGCUCCUUCGAGAGCCAGGUGUCUAACCCCUCCAGGGACCACUGUGACUGUUAUGGGAAAGCUGGGUUUAGGAACUGCCUGUCCCCCCCCAGUAUGAGACAACAAAUCUAUUCCCUGCCUAGCAACCUGCCUUCUAGCUGCAGCUCUCAUCCUCCUCAGCCUUUACUGGGCCCCAGCACAGGAUACCAACAACAUCGCAGCAGGGGCCCAGCCAGCACCCACAACAACACCCACAGCCCACAUCACAGCAUGGGCUCAGCCAGCACCUACCACCCAGACAAGAUAACCUACAGCCCCACCUAUUACCUCAGCUAUGGGGCACCGAUAUAUCCAGUUGGGAAGCAUCAGUACAGGUAUCCCAAUGACUUCCAACAGGAGAACAGGGCCCACCCUCCACAGCAGACCUACUGGUCCGAUCCGUUCGGGACUUAUCCUCAGACUCUCCAUAGCACUGCUCAAAUGGAGAAGCAGAGACACUGGCUCCUCCCUCGGACACAGCCCCACCCCCACGGGGAGAGCAGGGAGAGAGAGGAGGUCAGGAAGAAGCUGCUGGCUAUCUUUAACGGCCGUCUGGUGGACAAGGUCAUGGACAUGUUUCCCCAGCUCAUGGACCCACAGAGAUUGGCUGCUGAGAUCCUCAUCCUGCAGUCUCCGGGCCUGUGAUUGGCUCGUUGCUCUGCUAUGGUGGGGACUGGGAAUUUGAGUUUCUUUCAAUUGAAAGAAUCUCUUGUAAAAAACUGCAAGCUCCUGUAAAGAUCUUCCUACUGUAUGUGCAUUGAUCUUCCUAGUGUAUGUGCAUUGAUCUUCCUACUGUAUGUGCAUUGAUCUUCCUACUGUAUGUGCAUUGAUCUUCCUACUGUAUGUGCAUUGAUCUUCCUACUGUAUGUGCUCUGCUCAAUGUGUUCUUGCCACGUGUUUCAGGAACUAUGUUGCUUAUAGCGCUUCUGAUAGCGUAGAAGCUGAGGCAAUGGAUUGUUGAUGCAAAUUGCAUCUUUUGGGGGGGGGAAAUAUUAUUUCUAGACUCUUGAAUGUAUUUGAUGGGAAAAUGUAAUGUAUUUGAGAAACAAUAUUCUUACAUUUUUAUUUCACCUUUAUUUAACCAGGUAGGCUAGUUGAGAACAAGUUCUCAUUUACAACUGCAACCUGGCCAAGAUAAAGCAAAGCAGUUCGACAAAAACAACAACACAGAGUUACACAUAGACAAACGAACAGUCAAAUAACACAAUAGAAGAAAAUAAUAAUAAUUUGAUGUAUGCAUUUACAUAUGUAUGAUGUGUUCUGAGGUCUAUGUAUCAAGAUGAGUUAUGGCAUAAAGAGUUUUAUUGGCACUGUGUGCCAUUAUGGUGGGUCACAGCUAACUAUCUAGCUAGUGAAGUAGAUGCCCUAUGUGUCUUGUUUUUUUGAAUAAAAUUAAAGCUGGAAUUCAUACUUGGCUAUACAGCCACGUCCGUUUGAGACCUUACAACAACAAAGAUUUUACUUCAAAACAACCAACACAGCGCGCCCCCCCCUCCCCCAGACAUAGAAUCGGUAGAAUAUGAGUUGUGUUUUCCAGAUGUUCCUCUCCUCCUUUCUUCAACAAAACAAUAACAGUGGUGCUGUUUCACCUUAUGCAGAUUCCAGUUGUAAUGUUCUGAGCAGAACAACAUAUGCAUUUCUUUUAAUGAUAAAAAUGCAUUUUAAGUAGUACAAAAAACACACAAAUAUAUCUAAAGUCUAAAAAUAAAAUACAAAUAUUUACAGUCAGAAGUAGAAGAGUAGAAAGACGUUGUGAUUUGCCACUAUCUAAUAAAUACCCAUAAUAAAACAUUUAAAAAAUCUACUUGCGUGCAGCAAUGAGAGAACAGUGUAUAAUUCCAGAUCAUUGAUUUGUGACAGGUUUUAGUUCCCUGCUGUGAGCUUUUGUUUCUUCUUUUCUUCAGUGUACAUGGAAUUGUGGUAUGGGAUACAGUCAAUUAAUCAUUUCAGUGUUUUAUGCAAACAUUUUAAAUAAAAACCUAAAUAUAUUUAAA